UCUCCUCACAGCACCUCCAAACCUCACUUCAGAAACUAAACCAAAAAAAUCCUGUCUAAUUAAGCCACAUUUCAACAUCCAUCCUGACUCUCCUGAAUGAGCCUGAGAAGACUCCUCUGUGCUCUCCCGCCUCAGGACCUCCUCCCUCACUCUUUAUUUCUCCUCAAGUUCGGCAGCUGAUACCGGCUCAGUCAGGAGGAGGUAGCUCUUUUUUUUCUUUAUUCCCCCGGCUGAGAAGAUCAAGGACAGUUUGACAUGAGGGGAGACGCUCCACAAAGAAGAGGCAUGAAGACCACAUGUCUGCGGGCUGCUGCUCUGCUGCUGUCACUCGUCUCUCUGGUUACCAGCGCUGAUUCACCAAGUUCAGAAAAUUCAGAGUUGAGAGAGAGCUCGAAAUCCAAGGUGAAGACCUACUGGACCGAAAGCAGCAAGGCCUUCUCCAUCAGCCGCCUGCUGUCUCAGACGCUCUUUGACAAAGAGAACUUCACCUCUCUGGAUAUGAACUACGACGACGCAGAGCUGUACUCUAAACGGGAGCAGUGGAACUGGCUUUACAACGCCUCAAACCCUCGCGACCCUCGCUCCAGGACGAAGCGGAGGCCCAUCGUCAAGACGGGCAAGUUCAAGAAGAUGUUCGGCUGGGGCGACUUCCACUCCAACAUCAAGACGGUGAAGCUGAACCUCCUCAUCACCGGUAAGAUCGUGGAUCACGGCAACGGGACAUUCAGCGUCUACUUCCGCCACAACUCGACAGGUCAGGGUAACGUGUCCGUGGGCCUCGUGCCGCCAACGAAAGCCGUGGAGUUCCGAGUCCACCAGCCGCACCAGCAGUUCCACCACCAUCACCACCAGCAGCAGCAGCAGCAGCAGCAGCAGCAGACGGCUCUGGAGACGAAGGACACCAAGCUGUUCAACUGCAGGGUGGAGUACGAGAAGGUGGAGAAGGGCACCAGGAACUCGCUGUGCGCCCACGACCCGUCGCAGAGCUGCCCGCAGGAGCAGACGCAGAGCCACGUGUCCUGGCUCUGCUCCAAGCCCUUCAAGGUCAUCUGCAUCUUCAUCACCUUCUACAGCACCGACUACAAGCUGGUGCAGAAGGUUUGUCCAGACUACAACUACCACAGCGACACCCCGUACCUCCCCACCGGUUGAUCAAAAAGACCAGAAAGAGAGAAGGAGGAGGAUGAUGAUGAGGAUGGGAGGAGGAGGGGAAAAAGACGCAGACACAAGCUUUCAGAUCCUCAGUGGUGUCCGGAUGAAAAUGGAGUCAGGACACUAAAAAACUUGAGAUGUUGACAGGCAUUACUACAGCUAACAUAUCCUUGACGCAAGACUGAUGUUGCUCCAAUGAACAGACCAACCCUGAGGUCAUUAUGAGAGCGUUUAGGGCCUGCAAUCCUCACAUUAUAUGCAUAGCUGCUUGCCUGCUUACAUCGAAAGGAAAUUCUCAAGCCAACCGUAAAAAUAUGCUGAUUGUAUUUAUGUAAAUAUUAUGGGUUCUACACAAAGACCAGAAAACAAUUUUAUUAAUGUUUUUCUCCUCGCUAAUUUAGUUGUUUACGUUGAUAGUGUGUUUCCGUCUCAAUCAUGCUUUCUGUCUUUUCCAAUCAGUCUCGGGUAAUCACCGCAAACCACGUAAAUGUCAACGCAAAUAAGACGAAUCUGUCAGUUUGCAUUAGAGGGCAUAAUGGGAAAAGCGAACAUAUUUUGAGUGGUGUUGUUUUCUGCAGUGUGAUUGUUAGAGUGAGUAUACCUCGUAUGUCGUCGUUUGGAUUCCCGUCCAUGUCCGUGCAUGAACCGAGUGCGGUAAACAACUGAAUAACGUCCAUCUAUAUUUUUUUGUGUUAUUGCAGCUGUCAGAAAUAAUCUCCAUCAAGUCAGAGGAGAAAAAGAACAACAACAAAAAAAAAGUACCUCUGUUUAAAUUAUGUUGCUGCGUGUAUGCAGGUUUUAAGGUCGCGCGGGUGGUGCACGGUAAUCAGUACCAAAAGAGAGCUCCUGUCACAUCAAAAAUAAGAAAGUAAAUGUCCAUAAAAAUAAAUAAAAAAAAGAAGAAAAGACGAAAUGACAGAGGUACUGAACUGCUCCUUAAAAGAAAUAAUCAAACGUACCUGACUGUGCUUUAAUUCUGCAGAUUUCUCAGCCCUUGCAUUUCCAUUUGGCUCAUAUUUUCACGACUUACAACAAGUUCAGUACUUAAACUUUCAACCCCCUGCAUCACUUACAUGACAAGCAGCCCGUAUUAAGAAGUGUCAGAGCCACAGUGCCCCCGCAGUAUCCAAAAAUAACACCGGAAUAAUCAUUUACACAGAAAAAGUGCUUGAUAAUGAGAAACAAAACAAGGUCGAGACAAGUUCAAAGUGUUUAAAAAAUAGAUAUUUGAACAAGCUAACAAAAGAAGGAAGUGAUAGAGGAUAGAGGAUCGUUUUCUUAAGUUCAUGCAUCAAAGACUGAACGAGAAGAAACACUUGGUUUAAAAAAGUGAGAUGUUGUAAUAUGUGAAAGUGUUCCAGGAAAGAGAAGGACAUACAUUAAACUGCAGGUGCUAAUCACACAUUCCACCUAUGAAGCGUUCGCACCUCUGGUUAUCAGGAGAAAUAAAAAAUAAAAAAUCCUGGAUGAGACUAACUCUGGCUGUUAAUGGUAUUGGAUGUUCCAAUUGGCUAUUAAACCUUCAUUACACAAAUUGGGAGCCAGUGGCUGCAUGUGAAGCAUUUAGAGGAAAUGAACACAGUGUAAGUGGGAGCUCUGCAGAGUCAACACCACAGAAAGAGUGAAUUAAAGUCCUGAUAGAAAACCUGUGAAAAAAAAAAAAAGCACAAAUGUGCACCUAGGGGCGCAAUCACUGCUGUCUAUUUAAAUUCAGUGCAGUUCAGGAUGGUAUACGCGGCACAGUAAACUGCUAAUGGCAGCCUGGACGACAUCCAAUAUGCCAAACGUGGGGCGUGUUCUGUGACAAGGCGGGCCACGGAAUCGGGGGGUCCGCCUGUGGGAUGAGUGAGCAUAAAGAGGAAUUUAUGAUGUGGAGGAACAAGGCUGGCAGAAAUCACUGGAAGCACCUGACUCGUAAAUUGAGAGCAUGUAUCUGUCAGCGAGAAAGAAGGAAUGACUAAUGUCUCAGAUUGCUGUUUGGGCCAGUUCUUUCAUCUCAAUAAAGUGACUUUGAUAUCUCUCCACCCCUACCCAAAUGUGCCAGGGACAGUUUGUUCAGCUUCAAAGAAUUAAAGCAGCACUCUGCCGAGACAAUGUGGGCCUCAUUAUUCACGUAAUCUUACAAGUGUAAACAGUCUGGCACAGAAGUGUUUGGUGUGAGAGCUGCUGAGGGAUGGAGCUGUUUCCUGACUGAUGUCGUCUGAGGGGAAACACUGAGAAUCAUCCUGUGUACUGAUUAAGGCUGAAUCAACAAUGACCUGAUGAGAUACACGUGUAUUUACAAAUCUGACUUAAAGCUGCACCAAUCAAAACUUUAGCACAGAUAAUGGAUGUUUUACGUUAACUGAUGUUGUGUUAUGUUUCGAUUCUCCAAAACAAAUAAGAUUACAAGAGACGCCAUUCUAAUGUUAACUUGGAUUUGGGUAACAUAUUCAGGAUAUGGUGUUUUCAUGCACACAGAUUAUUCAUAUUGUGGUUAACAUGAUAAAUACUAGUAACCACGAUUUCUGAUAACUGCAUCUUAAUUAAGAAGGCGCCUGUGAUGUUGUGUUUUUACAACUCAAACCGCGGCAAAUUUGAAGAUCUGAGAAAAAUGAGACCGCUUUGGAGCACUUCUGUUCUUCUGAUGUUUCUCCACUACUUUCCAACGUGACCUGACCUUCUCUACCGUACGUGCUGGGCGGCGUCCUGUAGCCUGCUCACCACAGGCUUUAACAGAUCAGCAUGUUGAUGCUUUCUCCCACCUAAACAUCCAAUUACAUUCAAUUCUUUCUCCACAGAAGGACAACACUCAGUUUCUUUGUCGCUCAGGAUGAAGCUCUCGUUGCCACCGCCAUGUUUGUUUUUGCUGCCGCGUCGCUUGGCUCAGGCCGCAGGAAGUCAGCAGCUGUCAGAAACCGGGGUGAGGCAAUUACAUGCCACUUGAGUUCUCCAGGUAACAAAAUCAAGUGUCUCAAAAUCAGGAUAGCAGCUUAUCCCGGUUUCUGAAAUUAGGAUUAUGAUGUUCACAUGCACAAACACAAAAACAGGAUACUUUAAAAACCAGGAUACAGCGGCGCCGGUAGCAUAGUGGUGAAUUUGCACGUCCUGUGUACGGAGUCUGUUGGGCAGCCCGGGUUCGAGUCGGACCUGUGGCUCUAUCCCCACAUGUCAGUCCCCACUCUCUCUCUCCUGAUUUCUGACUCAACCCUCCUCAAAAAAAAAUCAGAAAAACUUAAAUCCAUGUAAACGCACUCAUUGUCUUAAAGGAAUAGUCUCCUACUUUCCUACUUUAAAAAAACAGAUAAUGAUAAUAAAUAACAAUAAAAGUGAAUCAAUAAUAUCAGAAAUGAACACACUUUUUAAAUCAAAAUGUUAAAAAGUGUGACCCGUCUGUUUGGUAGAAGAAAGCAGAGUGAGACGUGAUAUCUGUGUUGGCAGAUCGAACAAGAGCGUGCUGUUUGGAGCGAGGCAGAGCUGGAACAGAGAAAGUGUUUCCUGAUGUGACGAAAAUAUGACAUUUUACUGUCACAACACUUGGAGGAAGAUAUGUCGCUUGAGAGAAAAACAGAAAAGAAUUUAGUCCUGUGAUUAAGGGAAAAAAUAAUUGGUUAUAAAAUGUGUUUACAACUUCUCCCUCUGGAGUGAAUACACUUAGGAUGGGUAGCUCGUUUCCUACAGGACGCAGGCGGGACAUGAAUCCUGUCUGUUUCAUGUCAAUCUGAAUCAGUUUUUAUCUUCUCUUGUAGCCGUCGUCUCUGCUAUGAGGAACACUCCUCCCUCACCACUCCCUCAGUGGUCCGACCGAGUCAUUUCUUUGAGUAUUUUAGACCAAACAAAGUUUUUGCUUUAGUUUGGAAAGUCCUCCUUUAGAUAUACUCUUGCAAAGAGUAGCUUGAGAGUCAGAUGUUUCCCUCCAGGAGUUUGGACCUUGGAUCAUUGGAUGCUAACGCUUCUCUAAGUGUAAAUACAUUUUUUAUCUAUCAGUUAUGAGCUGAUCAUUUGUCGCUCUUGUGUUUGCAGCUUGUUACCAAACAGAUUAACUAAGGCAGGUUUACAAGUUUAUGUAUGUUUCAAAGCUUUUAAUUAAAGAAAAUUUGGGGUUUUAACAUUUAACGUUUAUUUAAGAACAUAACAAUUUAAAAUCUUCAGCAAACUUCUCAAAUCGAGGGCGCCGGUAGUCUAGUGGUUAGUCCACUCGCCCCUGUACAGCGCCUAUAGUCCUCCAAGUAGACCGACCAGUGGCUCCUUUCUCGCAUGUCAUACCCCCACUCUCUCUCUCUCUCUGUGAUAUCAGAAACUAUCUAAAUGAAGGCAUCAAAGCCAGAAAAUAAACUUUAAAAGAAAAAAGAACUUCUCAGUUGGAUCUGAUGUUAGUCGCUCUUUUAAACAACUUUUCUGGGCAUGGCAGCAGUUUCCAGUUUUAUGUUUCCUCUUCUUCUAGCGCCAGGGCAAAUCUCUUAACUUUCAGCUCACUGAUUGUACCUUCAACAGAACUUAAUGAAGUGAUUACACAAAGGGGAUAUAAAAGUCGGGGGUUUAUAAUUAAAACGUCGGGGGAAAAUGGCUUUUUUAGGAAUUAAAUCCAACCCAAUCUCAAAUAUCUAAUAACCAAAAUUCAGCAGCAGAUCUGUUUCCUGGAGACUCAUUUGCACAAGCUGAGGACGGUGGGUUCUUUUAAGUCCUGUUUUAAAGCAAACACUUCUUAAAUUAUGCUAAUUUCAAAGCAGCGAAAAAGAAGGGGAAAAAAAACACAUCAGUUCCUCUGCGAUGCCGUGCAUUUAACGAGCUCAACGCCAAUGAAUGGAAGCGGCAGCAUCACAAUGCGGCAGUGUUUGGACGUCGGUGUUAUCUUUGGGCCCAGAUCUCCUCCCUCGGUUCAGCCGUCCUGGACCGGAGCCAUCCAUGCUUGCCGUCUUUCCCCUAGCUCGCCCACAAUCCCUGAUUAAUGUGGCCUGGGCGGGAGCUGUCAGAAAUGGCAGAGAGAAUCAUGGGAUUUCUCCUUCAGAGUCCCAAUGACACCCAGCAGCUGCAGGAGUAAACAGAUGACUAACCACUGGCCUUUUGGCAGCCUGUGGAGAUUCACACGGAGGGAGGGCUGCGAACGUAGCGCUGACAUUUAGGUGGAUUAGAAAGUUCUUGGGUUCUGCUCUCGUGGUGUCAGAGGUGGUUGGCAUAGUAAUUAUUAGCGACUUGGUUUUUCUUCCUCUUGACCCCCAACCGCAGCGAAACGCAGAGCCUCAUUGUAUGGAUGUUUGUAGAAGUGUAAAAAAAAUCCCUGCAAUCCUCAUGUAUAAACAAAUCACAUCUCGUUGACUAGAAGAGGAAUAAAAGUGUCUAUUUUAAGAAGACAAAACAACAUUUGUCACUUCAGACUGCGGUGCUGCUGCAGAGUUACUCUCAGAUGUGGGGCUGGAGCUGUCCUGGGGCACAGUGUUGUGUGAGGUAUUGACGUAUUAAAGGCUGUAUCAGACAACGGCUGGUGUGAGGCUUUUUUCUUUUUUUUUUCAAAUCACAAAUAAAUGACUCUCUU